UCGAAAACAUGGCUAUCAUGUCACCCAUAGAAUGGGAUGCACUAUUGGGAGAGAUGAACGCCAUGUAGCACACAAGGAAGAGGUUCAGGGGUUGACAAAGGCAAGGUUGAUCCUAAAGAAAGAGAACAGGGUAGACGUCGAAAAUAGUGCAACACCACAAGGGCUCGUAGCAAGAUAUAGUGUUUUCCAACCUUCGUUAAAGGUUGAGGUUGGAGUUUGGGGAAGAAUUACGUUACCAAUUCACUCUUCAAGUGGCCAUUAUGGGUGCAGAUCAUGGAGGCCAAUUGAGGAGGAAUCCUUGGAAUUGGUGAAGUGACUAAAAAAGCUAAGCAUGUACUUGGAGCAAGUGAAAAGGGAAGACCCCUUUUGGAGUGACAUGUUUAGAAUCAUAGCCAUGGUUCUAGCUCUCUUGACUUCGAAUCCAUCUCUCAUGGACGUGAGUGCCAAUGAGAUUUAUACUGGAGGUUAUAAGCUAUAUGUGGAUGCCGAAUAUAGAAAAUACAGAUGUUAUAUUCCA